AUGAAGAGCAGUAGCUUUGAAAGGCGGCUGUUUGAGAGGUAUGGAGAUGGGCCGAUACCGAGAGAGGAUGUUGGAAUGGUUCUUGACGAGGCGGUUGGAAGCAAGAUGAUAGAGAGAAGCGAGAUCAAAGAUUACAAGAGCAAGGAGUAUGGGGUUACAGAGCUAUUAGGGAUGAUAAGGGGAUGGAGGACCGACUUUUUGAAGGAGUCGUUCAGCUUGAAUGAUAUUUCAUGCCAGGACGAAAGCUGUAGCUUGGAGAGAAUUGGAGUUGGCGACGACGGAGUGAGAAGCAGUGGCGCUGAUGUGAGAGGAGAGUCGUUUUUGAUGAGGGAUGAGGAGUUUCUGUCGUCUUUGAGGGACAAGACACGAAUGAUCACGUCUAGAGGAGGGUUUAGUGGAAAGAAGAUGGCAAAAAGUGUUCUGAAAGCAUGGGAGGAGUAUGAAAGACGAUGUGUUAGGGUGCGUGGAAGAAGAUAUUGGUGUUUGUGUGUAUUAGUUGUGAUUCCAUUGUAUUGCUAUUGCCUGUAUGUGCCAAGGCCAUUUUAG